AUGUCCACGCCAAAGCCGAUCCUGAACGCGGAGAACCUGGCGCUCACGAACAAGAAGAUCGGUGAGCUGAAGAAGAAGGUGAUGCUGGCCGAGGGCCAGAAGAAGGCGUACACGGAGGAGUGGAGCGACAAGAAGAAGUCGCAGAACGAUCGGAUGGGCGAGCUGCGGAAGGAGGUGCGCGACCUGACGAACAAGCUGUCCUACCUGCACAACCCGACCAGCGCCAAGGCGCAGAAGAACGUGCAGGAGAUCAAGCGGCGCGUGCCGCUGCCACCGGGGGCGAAGUCGGUGGGGGACGCGCUCCGCAUCGUCGACCUGAAGGUGAUCGACCUGCACAAGCAGACGGACGUGACGCAGGACCGGAUACGGAAGCGCGAGCGCCACUUCAAGCAGCUGGUCGAGCAGUACCAGGCACUGAUGGGCUACCGGGACGCGAAGAGCGACGGCUCCAACCCGCCGGAGACGAUCGAGGAGGACGCGAACCGGAAGCUGAUCACGCGGCUGGAGAACGAGAUCCACCGGACGACGGUGCAGUGGAUGGAGGCGGAGCACAUACGGAAGAAGUACCGCGGCAUCAAGUCGUCGCUGAUGCGCGACGCGGAGAAGUUCGAGAGCUCGCUGCUGGAGCUGGAGCAGGCGAUCACCGAGCAGCAGGCGGAGAUCAACAAGCUCGAGGAGGUGCACAAGGAGGCGGUGCAGAUGCGCGACAGCACCAAGACGAUCCUGCAGCGCCAGGAGCAGACGACGCACUACUCGAACAAGGCGCGCGAAAAGCAGGCGCAGGACUUCCGGCGCCAGGUGGAGGAACGUAAGCUCGAGCUCGAGCGGCUGGAGCGGAAGAUCUUCUCCUCCGGCAAAACGCUCAUUCACCAGGAGAGCAUCCUGUCCGGCUCGGGCGAGCAUGGCCGGGGCGGGGACGGGGCCGACGACGGCAGCAGCCUGCACGACAAGGAUGGUGCGUCCGAGAUGGAGCAGAAGUUCAAGAAGCUGAUGCAGGCGACUGGCGUCAGUGCGGCGGGAGAGGUAGUCGACCGGUUCCUGGCCCAGCGCGAGGCGUCCGCCCGACUCACCUAUCUGCGCACGGUGACGGAGAACGAGAAGAAGCAGCUGGAGGCCCAGCGCGAGCUCAUGAAGGCCCAGUUGGACGCGUUCAAGUUCGCCGACGUUAAGGAUAGCGACGUCAACCAGGAGGAGCUGGAGAAGAUCAAGAACUCGAUCGAGGAGCAGAAGCAGCGGCGCGAGGAGUGCGAUAAGGCGAUCGAGUACACCCGGAACGUGUUCGACACGAUCAAGGAUGCGCUGAUCGAGCUGCUGCUGAAGCUGCGCGAGAUCGAGGAAAGCCUGGAUACGGCCUCGCCGUACGGUCGCCGGACGCCGCUCAAGCCGGCCGAGCUGAAGGACAUCAGCUCGGGCAAGCUGGCCGUCGAGGAGCUCGGCAAUCUGCUCGAGGAGCGCAUCAAGCUCGGGCUGAUCGCCAGCGGCCAGCUGACCGCCGACGUUGACAGCGGUCUCUCCGAGGACGAGGGCGAAACCGGCUCGGGCGCACCGUCCACGUCGGCGGCGGCUCCGGUGACACUGUCCACGCCUUCCCCACCGCAACCACAGCAGCAGCCGCAACAGCAACAGUUGUCACCCGUUCCGGCUGGCCCCCCGGGGUCGGCAGCCGGCAGCACGUCGGCGCUGUCCACCUCGUCUCCGGCGGAGGACCGCGAGAAACCCCCGGCCUAUCCGCCGGUGUACAUGAACCUGAUCGCGGGCCGCACCACGACGCAGAUCUCCUCGACCUCGCCCGGCCAGGGCACGACGGUGGUGCUGUCCGACGACGAGGGUGAUGUGCCGUCACGCAGCUAUCUGAAGCGCCAGGCGAACAUGAUCAUCGAAGCGAAGUCCCGGCGCAAAGGAUUCCGCAUGCCGGUCCCGAAGCGGCGCUAG